AUGGGAGCCACGUAUGGGAUCCGAGGGAGCACCACCAGCCAAAGUUUCCAUAACUUUGGUGGAAGGCAAAGAAUUUCCUGCUGUGCUGGUCACAACUAUAUAGGUCCUGAUGGCAGUUGCAGAGUCAAUGGCAUCCGUGAAGUGUGUGUUAACAAGCAUCUCUUACAACCUCUCUUUCUGGGGGUUGACCCAAACGACCAUCAUAUAAAAGCACAUGAGAAGGAGCAGAUGAAGGCCCUCAACAAUCAGUUUGCUGGCUUUAUUGACAAGGUGCAGUGCUUGGAACAGCAGAACCAGAUGUUGCGUACCAAAUGGCAACUGCUGCAAAACCAGAACAUUCCAGCAGUGAAGAAAGAUCUGAAGCCUCUCUGCGAAAACUACCUCAACAACCUGAAGAGGAAACUAGAGCUCGUAUUGUGUGAGAAGAGCAAACUCGAGGUCCAACACAAAGCCAUGCAGAACCUCGUUGAGGAGAGCAGAAGCAAGUAUCAAGAAGAAAUGAAUAGACGAACCAUCGCAGAGAAUGAUUUUGUCGUGCUGAAGAAGGAUGUCGAUGCUGCAUUUAAGUAUCAGAAGGAACUGGAAGUGAAGCGGGACUUGUAUAAAGAACAUCUUGAUUUCUUGAGAGUUUUCUGCGCAGAGGAAGUUGCCGCAUUGAAUCGCCAACUCUAUGACACAUCAGUUGUUCUCAAUAUGAACAAUAGCCGUCGCCUGAACAUGGACGGCCUCAUCCAGAGCGUUGAAUGCUGGUAUCAGACCAUCGCACAGAGGAGCAAAGAAGAAGCUAAUCUCUUUUACCAGAAUCAGAUUCAGAACCUUCAGAACCAGAGUUGCCAGUUCCAUGAGAACCUCAAAAGGAACAACAAUGACCUUGUGGAGCUGAACCGGAUGACCCAAAUUUUGCAGUGCCAGGUGGAAAACGAGAAGAAAAAGGUUGCUUCUCUGCAGGCUGCCAUUAACACCACUGAACAGCAUGGCACCUGUGCUGUAAAAGAGGCCCAGGGCAAUUUCAUGGAGCUUCAGAAUACCCUGCAGAGUUCCAAAGAUAAACUGGCUGCCCUCUUGCGGGAUUACCAUGAGCUAAUGAACACCAAACUAGCCCUUGAUAUUGAGAUUGCCACCUACAAGACAAUGCUGGAGGGUGAAGAGAAGAGGUGA